AUUAAAAUUACUCCGUACUCAAUUACGACGGUCACCUGCUUCCAGUCUCCACCAGGAAUUCCCUCCCUUUCCCGUACUUGACCGUACUACCCGUUAUGAUCUAAUCCUCCCUCUCCCUCUCUAUCUCCGAAGUCGCCUCGUCGGUCUCUUCUCAACGCUUUCUUUCUUGCCCUUCAUUUCCCUUUCCCUCCCACCCCUUUUCUCCCCCCUUAGUUGUCUCGAUCCCUUUUCUCGAAUUUUCCAGCAUUACCUACGCUCCAUCUCCGUCGCCACUGUUCUCUUCCAUACACAUCAUGUCCAGCAUGCUCCGCCGCCAUGCCGUAAUGGAACAGUCCUACCUGGAGUGUUUGUAAUCCUUCGCCGGAGAGAAACGCAUCUUAUCGCUUUUUCUUGGAACAUCCAUCGUACGAUCGUCUUGACAUCAUCUCGCCAUCGAUUUCACAGAGCAUAGCCCUACACGUCACCCGGAGAAUGCGCUGUACAUGAGGGCAACCGUCAUUCCACAUUCGCAUACUAUAUACUUCAUCAUAUACUUUCCCUGUACCCUCGGCCAUCCUCAGAAAUUCUAGCUCCAGCUGGCCGGUAGCCUCGAUGUUCAUCAUGGAGGGAGUUGAAACCGUGGAUGUCAGCUGGCUUCAUCACACGCAGAAAGAUAACUUGUCCCGGUGCAAGUCAGCAUCCUCUGUCGUUAGCGACCGGCCGAAUGUCGACUGCGAGACCUCCGUCGCAUCGAAAUCGAAACCGGAGAGGACAACCUCUGUCGAUCGAAGACCCGCGCAACCUCCUCAAGCACAGCCGGCACCGACGACGGAAACUAAAUCUACCUCUCAGGCGGAAAAUGAUGCGAAAUCCGAUGACAAGCCGGCCGAUGGGAAAAGUGCCGGAACGACGCCGGCCCCUCAAAAGAGUGCGCCGAAGCCGAUUGUCGGGAGGAGGAACUCAUGGAUCUCGAGUCUAAGCUCCAAGUUCUCUUCGGGGUCGACGCCUCCGUCGCAGUCGAGUUUCAGGGCACAACCCAGCCCCAAGACAAGCUCGCCGGCCUCAAAACUCGAUAUGCACAAUCCGUUUGGUGCCGCUUAUUCCCCCAGAGAAAAGGAGGACGAGAAGAAGGAUGAUUAUAACUCUGUUGCUUCGACCUCGCCUAAAGGGCCUUCUUUCCUUCACAAUGCGUUUCGGAAGCUCUCGGUUGGCGCUGGUGGAUCGGGGCGGUCGACUCAAAACGGCACUGUUUGUGAGCGCCGCGUGAUGAACCUUGACCAGGACCGAGACCGCUGCAAAAUUCCGGAUCUAAACCAGGCCAAACUACGACGUGUUGCCUUUUCGGUCGAUGUCGAGAUUGCUGGAAUCUCUCGUCGAGAGUCCGAUGAAGAAAGCCCCCCUGCGAGCAGCAAGCGGCGGACAGUUCCCGAAUCAAAUGGCCAUAAAGUCAAGAGAUCAAACUCGAAAUCCAAGGAACGAGACGAGGCUUCUGCUCUGAAACAUCCGCAGGCAGCAGCAGUCGAAAAGGAUAAGCAAAGUUCAGAUAAUAGCUCCAGUCCCUCCAAAGCCGCAUCCGUAUCAGAAAAUUCCCAGAACGAAGCCAAACCAGCAGGGGAAGGCAAGGAACCUACUCGAAAGCAGGAGAAAAAGAAGCGGUCUGAGGAGGAAAGAAGAGAACGAAGAGAACGAAAACGGAGACAAGCAGAGGCGAACGGCUCAAUACCGAUGCAGCUGACUGCUGAUGACGAAGAUGACACUCGACCACCCGUACCCGGCGUCUCGCGCGCUAAAGCACAGAGUCAUCCUACAACCGAUCCGGUUCGAAUUUAUCGACGUUGCUGCCAACUACGGGAGACGCCGGUCUUGAAGAGAAUUGUCGACGAGAUAUCUUCGCCAUCCUCUACGCUUGCAGAGUCUCCAGGCACCGUUGGUGUUCUUGACUUGACCAACUUUCCCAUGACCUCCCAGGAUACUGCCACCUUCAGUGACUGGCUGGCUGUCGUUCCAGUUCGAAAACUUAUCCUUGAUAAGUGUGCCUUGACAGAUGACUCGGUGCGGGCAAUCCUUGCUGCCCUUCUCUCGACGAAAUCUGCCGAACACAUGAAAAACAGGCGCAGGCGAGUCCGAAAAUCAGACCCUCAAACUUUAGGGAGGCAGGAGCGGUUCAGCGUUGUGGAGAAAUUAUCUCUGAAGGACAACCCCAAAAUUGGCAAAGAAGGAUGGCGCCACAUCUGUCUCUUUAUUCACCUCUCAAAAUCUUUGAAGGCUAUUGACUUGUCGGGCAUUCCCUUUCCAAAAUCGCCUGCUACGCUCAACGACGCUAGCCCUACCGAUAAAUCCCUUGAUAUUGCAGCUACGUUUGCCCAAUCACUUUCUGAACGCUUUGGCGGUGAUCAUUUGGAAGAAUUGUUGAUGAGCGAAUGUAAACCGACCACAGAGGGGGUCAAGAAGAUUUGCGACGCAGCCACGACCGUUGGCUUGAGAAGGCUUGGCUUUGCCAACAACGAACUAACAAGGGAGGGCUUGCAGCAUAUCGUUCGCUGCUUUAAAUCAGGAAAAUGCGAGGGCUUGGACUUGGGUGGAAACCCCAUCUGUGAUCAUUUAGAUUUGAUUACUUCCGCCAUUGAGAAAGGCCAGCCACUGUACGCGCUCAGUCUGGCAGAUUGUGCCUUAACACCAUCCGCCAUCUACCCACUAUUCCAAGGAUUGACCCGCCUCUCCGAUCUCCGGUUCAUUGAUUUCUCCCAUAAUCCGGAGCUUUUUUCGAGGCAGCCAGAUGCACUAGCAACAUUCAGGCGUUUUCUGCCGAAGAUGCCUUCACUUAAACGCAUUCACUUGGCUGACGUGAACAUUUCUGCGGACCAUGCCAUCGCUCUUGCAGAGGUGCUUCCGGAGUGUCCUAGCCUAUGCCACUUGAAUAUCUUGGAGAACCCAUCGAUCGCAUCACUGGCCGCUGCGACCGACCCCGCUAGCCAGGAGGAAGCUUGUGCGGUAUACGCUUCCCUAAUGGCAGCGGUGCGGGUGUCGCGGUCCAUCAUAGCAGUUGAUAUCGAAGUGCCCAGCGCAGAGAACAACGAAGUUGUCAAGGCUCUCGCAUCCCAGAUCGUGGCUUACUGCCUUCAGAACUUGGAACGGGGUGCUCUCGAAGCGGAACUUUCUGAACCGGCCGACCCCUCGGCGACACGGGACGCGGUACCGGUGCCAGAGAUUCUACAGCAUAUUGUCGGAAUCAAUGGUGGGGAUGAGCCUUGUGAGGAGGACGACGAACCCGCUCCUGAUGAGGACUACGUUAUUGGAGGCACGGGUGUCGUCAAAGCUCUCGGUGUAUGUCUCGGAAAUCUGGAUAAUCAUUUGCCAGGAGAUCAGUCCGGUCCUCCUAGUGGUACGACGACGCCUAGACACAGAAAGUCCAGGCCCUACAUGACCAAGCGUCCUCGCGACAUGUCCAAGAAUCUACUGGAUUCGGCUCGUAAUAUUCGGACUAGGAUCCAAUCGGCUCUUGUUCGUGAAGACAGAGCCGGGAACGAUGCUAACUACAGUAAGCUUUCCCUUGCAGAAUCCCGUCUAGGCUUCGAUGUGGUGCUAACAACUUUGGCAACAGGACGUCUUCAGUUCCUUGACUUUACGUUGCACAGGAUGAUCCAGAGAUUUGAGGAUGAAUACCCAGAGACGCGCAUUGUCCCGCAGCCUGUCAUAUCUGUCAACGCAGGAACAAGCUCUCAAAACUCCGGCGAUGGCGGGAAUGGGCCACUUGUUCCUGGCAUCCCACCCUUCGCCAAUUCGACCGAUGAAACUGCCGUCGAUGACGAGGACACGGAUCAAUAUGCCGUCCGACUCUCUCGGUCCAGUUCGAUCACAUCUUUCCAUUCGCGGGCGUUGACGUCCGAGGAAGGUCAUGCACACCGUCUUGGACAAAAUAUUCGGCGCGGAUUCCUCAGUCCAAAUUGGGAUCCAGCAGACGAAGAUUCCUGCCUUUCCAAUGAUUCCCACGUGUCUGCCCUUCGCGAGAAGCUCGAUCGCCUGCAUGAAGACCAGGCCCGAUCCCAUUUCGAGAGCGUCGGAGCGGACAAGGCUUUCGGGGAGCUUGGCUCGACCGUGGAUGAGCUGUGGGCUAUCCAGAGGCAAGAUACUGAGGCCUUUGAGAAAUUCAAACAGAGCCAGAUUGCUGCUCAGAUCAACAGCGGGAAAAGAACCGCCUCUCCGAUGCCCGGCCAUGAAGCUGCACCAGAGGGGUCAUCAUCAUGAGAGGGAAAAUCACUCCAGCGACUAUUGCCUUGCUGGUCCACUUGUUUUGUCAUGUAAUACUUCUUCUAUCGUCCGUCAGGGAGCGACCGGCGUGACCUUGAUCUUAUUUCCAUUUGUAAUCUACGCUAGUUUCGCAGUCGAAUGCUUCUGUUGUUGUUUUGCUCGGGCGAGAGAGAAGUCUCCCGGGUCAAUUUACCAAUCUGUACAUAUUAUUUUCUUCUUUCUUUCUUCGACGGAUUUCUACCAUGUUGUAAGCUAUACCUAAUGAUGUACGAACUAUGAAGUCAGAAGUAUGACUUUUGAAGUAGAAACAGGGAGAAGAUCCACCUGGCGGGAGAUCCAC